AUGUCAAGAUACGUUAAACAAUUGGCAUGUCGAUUUCAUCCAGAAGCAACAUUAGUUGAAGAUUAUCGUGCUGGUGAUAUGGUUUGCCCAGAAUGUGGUUUAGUUGUUGGCGAUCGAAUGGUGGAUGUUGGUUCUGAAUGGCGUACAUUUUCUAAUGAUAAAGAUUCGAAAGAUAUGAGUCGUGUUGGAGCUGUAGAAAAUCCAUUAUUCGAUGGUGAUAAUCUUGAAACUGUUAUGUCAUUAGGAACAGGUGCAGGAGCACUUGAUGAAUUUGGUAAACAAAAAUAUAACAAUGGUCCUCGUCAGAUGUCAACUGCAGAUAAAGCAUUACGAAGUGGUUUUGAUGCUAUUCGACAAAUGGCUGGACGUAUUAAUUUAUCAAGUCGAAUAAUUAAUCGAGCAUUUUCACUUUUUAAACAAUGUUAUGAAAAUAAAUGUGUACGAGGUCGUUCACAAGAUGCCAUUGUAGCAACAUGUAUUUAUAUAGCUUGUCGACAAGAAGGUGCACAACGUACAAUUAAAGAAAUUUGUGCAAUUUCAACAACUGCAUCAAAAAAAGAUAUUGGUCGAUGUUUUAAACAAAUUGUUAAUAGUUUACCGAAUUCUAAUCGACCUGAAUCAAUUGAUAUUAAAAAUUUGGUGCCUCGAUUUUGUAAUCAACUUGAACUUCAUCAAGAAAAUAUUAUUCAAAAAACAGCUGUUCAUAUUGCUGAACGUGCAAAAGAAAUUUGCGAUAUUCAAAGUCGUGCACCAGAUUCAAUUGCAGGUGCAUCAAUUUAUAUGGCUUGUGCAGCUGCUGGAGAGAAAAAACCAAUGAAAGAUAUUCAAGUUGCUGCUGGUGUUAUGGAAAGUACAAUACGAUUAAUAUAUAAAAUCAUGUUACCAAAAGCUGCUGAAUUAUUUCCAAAGGAUUUUGUAUUUAAAUGUCCACCAGCUAAUUUACCACAAUCAUAA